UCGUAUGUUUCCGUCCACGCCCCGCCGUCAGGCGAUAAUAUCAUCCAAACUCAGCCCCUUUUUGCAAAAACUUGAAAGCCUCCAACGUUAAAAUUCCAAAAAACGCAUCUUCAAAAUCUCCUCCUCCACACACAUUUUUCCCCAGUUUUCCCUUUACACGCACCUCCUAUUCCAUAAUCACGCGCCGCCGCCACCACCAGCAGCCCCUCUCUUCUCUCCAGCGCUGUAGACACGCUUCCUUAAAUUAGAAAACCCGAGAAGGAGAUCGAAGAAGAAGAUAGAUUGAGCCCACAAAACGUUGGAAAGAAGCCGAAAAAGUGGCUUUCUUUAUGAAUUCAGAAGAUAUAAUACUUUUGCCGAGGUUGAGAAAUAAUGGGUGGGGUGACGUCAUCAAUCGCGGCUAAGUUUGCUUUUUUCCCACCUAGUCCUCCGUCGUACACGGUGGUGGCGGACAACUCUUGCGGCGGAAAAUUGUGCAUACCUGAGGUCCCGAGAAGAGACGACGUCGACGUACUGAAGCUUAGGACUCGACGUGGAAAUGAUAUAGUGGCCGUCCAUGUGAAGCAUCCAAAGGCAUCGGCUACUAUGCUGUACUCUCAUGGUAAUGCUGCGGAUUUAGGGCAGAUGUUUGAGCUCUUCGUCGAAUUAAGUCUUCGUCUUCGGGUUAAUUUAAUGGGAUAUGAUUACUCUGGCUAUGGACAAUCCACUGGAAAGCCCUCUGAGUAUAAUACAUAUGCGGAUAUUGAUGCAAUAUAUAAAUGCCUGAAGGAGCAAUAUGGAGUGAAAGAUGAACAGUUGAUACUGUAUGGUCAAUCUGUUGGCAGUGGGCCAACUGUUGAUCUUGCAUCUCGCAUACCAAACUUGAGAGGUGUCGUCUUACAUAGUCCAAUUAUGUCAGGGAUAAGAGUUUUGUACCCUGUCAAACGGACAUACUGGUUUGACAUAUACAAGAAUAUUGACAAGAUUGGUAUGAUAAAUUGUCCCGUCCUGGUGAUUCAUGGAACAGCAGAUGAAGUUGUUGAUUGUUCUCAUGGAAAGCAGCUUUGGGAGCAUUGCAAGCAAAAGUAUGAACCCGUAUGGAUAAAUGGUGGUGGCCAUUGCAAUCUUGAACUUUACCCCGAGUACAUAAAACACUUGAAAAAAUUUGUAUUGGCACUUGGUAAAUCAAAGCCUGUGACAAAUGGUACUGAAAAAGUAUCAGUUGACAGCAACAAUCAGAACAAAGCAACUGAAAGCACUACCAAGGACACAUUUGAACUGCGGGCUGACGUUCCAGAGAUUUCUAGAAACAGUUUAGACAGUCGACUUGAAAAAUCCAAGAAGCCAAACAAGACUGAGAAGUCCCGCAUGAGCACAGAUCGUGUUGAUAGGUUUAGGAGGAAGAAGGGUUUAGUCUGGUGAUUUGGCACGAGGACCGUGAUGUUGGUUAACUUAUUGGCUAAUAACAUUUGCAAGGAAUCAUCAUAUCUUGGUUCUGUAUCCUUGGCUGUAUUCUAGUGUCAAAUAGCAUCAUUUGCAUCUACGGGGGAUGCUCUUAGGUGAGGCAGAGAAGAAAUAAGAAUUUCUGUCUUCUUUUACCUCCUUUUCUGCUUUGUACAUUCAACUGUGAUUUUGAUUUGAGAGCAAUAUAGUUUCCGUUUCCAUUUCCAUGUA